UCCAUCACUUUGUUACUGCAUUAUUCUCAUGCCAGGGAAGGAGAAUCUGAGCCUCAGCCUUAAUAUUACAUACGCUAGGCUGGAAAUAUUCCUGCGUCUGGCUCAGGACUCGCUCUGUCUGCGAGGAGAAAUGCAUACUGAAAAGAAUUCCCGGCAUCUCUCUGUCAGCUUUUAGUCCAAUAAGAAAGACAUUCACUCAGCAGCAGCACAUGCUGCAGCCUCCCUAGUCUGGCUCCUUUCUGAAGGAUCAGGACAUCUGCAGUUACAAGAAAGGCGUGCAGGGGCCUGGACUGCCUCUCCUGUGCAGCCACUGCCUUACUCAACACACACAAAAACUGCACCCACUUGCUGAUCUCCUUCACCCAGCAGCAUGGCCACAGGGAAAAACCAUCAGCAUGGCAAGUAUAAUGGAUCACAAGCAAGCCCUUCAUUAACUCCUGAAUACACUGAGGAACUGCAUGUUAAGAUGUGCAAGAAGAUUGCUCAACUAACUAAGGUGAUUUAUGCUUUGAAUCUCAAAGUUGAUGAAUAUGAAGUGAACAUCCUAACCUUAAAGGAAAGUCACCAAAAUGAAAUGGAACAAAUAUCCAAUGAGACAAAAGAAAAAGUUCUGCAGUAUGAGAGCAUGGUGGGGGAGGAGAAGAACUUGAGGCUACAGAUCCAGAACCUGGAGGAAGCAUUGGAGAAGAACAACAUGGUGAAGGAACAAACUCUAGUAGACCUUGCCUUGUAUAAGAAACAGGCAGAGGAGAGAGAACUGAAGACCCAGUGUGAGCAGGCAGAAAGAAUUGCAGCUUUAUCCAGGGAAAUGCUGUCUAUGAAAACUGAUUAUGAAAGCCGCCUGCAGCAACUGACCGAGGAGGCUGAUUCUCUAAAAAGGGAACGAACGUUAGGCGAAAAAGAAAAAUCCGUAGAAAAGCUUAAUGAGAAGCUUAACAAGGAGAUCCAAGUUCUGAGCAAGGAAGUUGAGAGCCUAAAGAGCCAGAACCACAAGCUGACAGAGGAGUACACAAUGAAGACGAACAAACUUCACAGCAAUUACAUCAAGGAGAAGGAAAGCUUAAGAAAAGCUUUGCAGCAGUCUGUUACAGAAAUGAUAAAACAGCUUCAGCAGAAAGAGCAAGACCAGAGGAAGACUAGUCAGGCCAAAGAGGCAGAAACUCAGCUGGAAGUAAAACAGCUGAAAGGGGACAUUAAAGCAAAGGAGCUUGAAAUGCUUGAAGCCAAAGACUAUUCUCACAGGAUGCAGGAAAGGACUCAGGACCUGGAACUAGAGCUACGUCAACGAGACCAAAAGCUGAUAGAAUGCAGAAACCUACAGUCACAAGCGGAAGAGGAGCUUGCAGUGGCAAAGCAGAGACUAUUACAACAAGAGAAUGAACUCCAGAGCCAGAUAGAACAGAUGAAGACCGUGUCAAACGCACACAAAGCUGCUCUCGGCGAACUAGCUGAAUUAAAAAGUCAAUUAGAUCAACAGCAGCAGAAGCCAUCUCGUAAGACAAGUUCAAGUAAGAGAGACAGUGGGGAAGCUGUCAGUUCAAAGCAGGCCUUCAGGGAACACUCAGUUCCAAGACAAGAACAUGUGAAACAGCACAAAGACGAAGUCAGUAAAACAAAACGCCAGAGAGAUGCAGAGGCAAAGCAUCUUAAGGAGCAGUUAGCAAAAAGCCGAGAAGACUUAACUAAGAUCCACGCAACAGAGAUGAAAUCUGUGCAAAUGUCCAUGGAAGCGGAAAAAAGACAGUUGCAGAAAGGACAUGAAUCUCACAUAAAAGAGCUGAAAAAGAAAAAUGAAGCCAAGAUAAAUCAACUGGUGGAGGAGAAAGACACACUUUACAUUAAACUUCAAGAAUCCAUAUGCCAGAAUACAGCUAUUCUUCAGCCAUGUGAAAUGUCCAGUUCAAUUAAAUCCAACAAGGAAAUGAAAGACAAUGUACAGCUGUCAUCUGAUUUUAAAGGCAAAGAAACUAAAGGAUAUGAGCUGUGUGAUUAUUCUUCAAGUCCAGCUCCUCAAUUGCAUGCAGCACAAACUGAAUGUGAACAUGAUAUUGGACCACAGGUAGAAAGUGCUCAGGAUUCAAAAAAGCAAAAUAUUCAGCUGGAUAAAUGUGAAAUAGAUCUGUCCCAACUGGAACAGGAGAAUUCAGUCUUACGGGAUUCCGUGGAACUACUAAGCAAAGAGAUUUCCAAAUGCCAGCAAGAGGCAAUGGGUGUAAAAGAAAAGCUAAGCAGAAAUCAAGAAGAACUUAAACUAAAGCAAAGAAUUGAAUUGGACUCAUUAAGGCAAAGUCACCAGCAGGAGAUCCAGUCCAUAGUGUCCAAGUUUAGCAGCGCUCAGACAUUCCUUCAGGCGAAAAUUGUUACCUUAGAAGCUGAGCUGAAAGAGAUGGAGGAUAAGGAAAAGCAUCAGCCACGGACGGAGGAUCUACAGUUCAUAAACAGCUUGCAGGAUAAACUGUCCGAUAAAGAUCAAAUUAUUAAACAUCUGCUGGAAGUUCAAACCUUUGAUGAUGACAUUGCAAUGCCGCUUAUUCAGGAAACACACAGAAGUCAGUCGUUUUCCUGCAAUCCAAAUGGUGGUAGUUUAACACCCACAAUGAAGAAAAAGAAGUUGGGUGAGAUAACAACCCGUGUGAUCAGUGUUCCCAAUCUGGCAGCUUAUGACAAAACCUUUACAAACAACAGUGUCAGCUCGAAAAAGCCAUCAAGUCCUAUAAGGACGUCUCCCAGCGUAGUUCACAGCAUGAAGCCUGGCUAUCCUUUCCGACAACCUGCACAGCUUCUAGAUAUCAUCCGGCCAAAUAGGCGGAACCCUGCCAGUGUACCCUUGAAAACAGAGGUAAAGGAACAAGAGUCCAAACGCCCAGAAUGGUUUACAAAGUAUUUUUCAUUCUGAGAAGAAUACAGAGCUGAAGUCACCACUGAGCCGAUGAAUGAUCUGUAUUACUACAAUGUACACAUUUCACUGCCAUACAUGUUAUGUUGUAAAUUUUAAUUUUGUUAAUAAAAUAAUGAUGUGAGCUUUUUCAUUAAAUUAAAUUGCUUCUUGGUAAUAAAAAUGCAAGAAAGUACU